UAAACUCCACCUCCCACGAUGCACUUGUGAGGAAAGGGUGAAAUCCCGAUUGAAAAGUACAACCUCGCCGGAUUUUCCGCGUUGUUUCGUUCGAAAUAAGGCGCCUACUAGCCGGCAAGUGUUUAUGUUUCUGGGCCGCAAAGACAUUUGUGCAGCUACUGAACCUUCUGGAGCGGAAAAUUGACGACGGCGACUCUUUUUCCUUUCGCCAUGGCUUCGACGUUUUCUGUCGGUCAGCGAGGCUAAGCUAACUCGUUGCUAGCCACCGAGGUCGCCUCCUCCACUUCGACUUGCACCCUUUCGGAACUUGUACUAAAUAUGGCAAAAGUGCGGUGAAAGCUCUUUUGACGAGUCCCCGGAGAGCACCAUGACGCUGGCGCCGAAGGAGCUGUCCAACCUGCUGGGCAUCAUGUCGGAGGAGGCUUGCAGCAACACGUUCGAGACGCUGUCCACGCACUUCCACCACUUCUUUAGCAAGGCGGAGCACUUCCGCGCCGGCUCGGUGCUCGUCAUGCUGCUGCAGCAGCCCGACCUGCUGCCCAGCUCGCCGCAGCGGCUCACCGCGCUCUACCUGCUCUGGGAGAUGUACCGCACCGAGCCGCUGGCCGCCAACCCGUUCGCCGCCGUCUUCGCGCAUCUGCUCAACCCCGAGCCCGAGAAGCUGCUCUCAGGCUUCCUGCCGCCCAUCACUCAGCCCGAGAAGUUCUUCCUGUCGCAGCUGAUGUUGGCGCCGCCAAGAGAUUUGUUCAAGAAGACCCCCCGCCAGGUGUCCUGCAUGGACAUCAGCAGCAUGCCACAGUCCAUCGACAUCAGCGGCCUGCAGCUUGCCCUCGCCGAGCGUCAGUCCGAGUUGCCGACGCAGAGCAAGGCCAGCUUCCCCAGCGUCCUCAACGACCCCGACCCGGACUCUUCCAACUCUGGAUUUGACAGCUCCGUGGCCAAUCAGAUCGUUGAGUCGCUGGCCACCGGGCCACGCCCACCGCUGGAGAGCCACUUCCGUCCCGAGUUGAUCCGUCCUCCUCCUCCGCUGCACGCGUGCGACGACGAGCUGGCGUGGCUCACCCCCACUGAGCCGGACCACCGCGUGCACUGGGACCGCUCCAUGUGCGUCAAGAACAGCACCGGCCUGGAGGUCAAGCGCGUCAUGGCCAAGGCCUUCAAGAGCCCGCUGUCCUCGCAGCAGCAGGCGCAGUUGCUGACCGAGCUGGAGAAGGACCCGAAGCUGGUGUACCACAUCGGGUUGAGCCCCGCCAAGCUUCCCGACCUGGUGGAGAACAACCCGCUGGUGGCCAUCGAGAUGCUGCUCAAGCUCAUGCAGAGCAGUCAGAUCACAGAGUACUUCUCGGUUCUCGUCAACAUGGACAUGUCUCUGCACUCCAUGGAGGUCGUCAACAGGUUGACCACGGCUGUGGACUUGCCUCCGGAGUUCAUCCACCUUUACAUCUCCAACUGCAUCUCCACCUGUGAGCAGAUCAAAGACAAAUAUAUGCAGAACCGUUUGGUGCGUCUGGUGUGCGUGUUCCUUCAGUCUCUGAUCCGUAACAAAAUCAUCAACGUUCAGGACCUGUUCAUCGAGGUCCAGGCCUUCUGCAUCGAGUUCAGUCGCAUACGUGAGGCGGCCGGACUCUUUCGCCUUCUCAAAAGUCUGGACACCGGGGACGGACCCCCUGAUGCCAAGACUGCUAAAUAACAACUACAAAUAGUGUAAAUAGCUUUACUUCUUUCAACACAUGAAAAUAAACUUUUUGGGGCGGGAUGUUUGAAAUUGUCGUACAUCGGAUUCAUACUUGUACCCCACAACUAGGGACUUUUUAGAGGACCAGUGUGUGUUCAGACCACGGGAAAUAAAGUCGGCAUGCAGUGGUAUGCAAAAGUUUGGGCACCCCAUAGGAAAAUCACUGCAUCCGUUUAUCCCUUGCGAAGCGUUUGAAGCUAUUUUUUUGUACUGUUGUAAUUUAUAUUUUGUACCUUAUGGAAACAGAAACAUCUCUGUACUAGUAGUACAAAACUCCUCCAGCUCAGUCAGGUUUCUUGGCUUCCGUGCGUAGACUGCCUGCUUCAAAUCAAUCCAUACAUUUUCAAUGGUGUUAAGGUCUGGGGACUGGGAUGGCCAUUUCAGAACAUUGUACUUGUGCCUCUGCAUGAAUUCCUUGGUGGAUUUAAUAACAGUGCUUCGGAUCAUUUGUCCUGCUGAAAAAUCCAACUCCGGCGUAGCUUCAACUUUGUGACCGACUCUUGAACACUCUUCUCAAGGAUCUGCUGAUACUGAGACGAAUUCCAUUUCCAAACACAAGCCAAGCAUUUCCAAAAUACUUAGCUGGUCCGCGUGUGCUCUUGCGGUAUAUACCGUAUGUGACUCUUCCUGUGACGUCUGUCUAUGACCAUUCUUCGUCUGCGCCUUUCCUGUAUUAUUUUUUUCGACUUACCACAUCUUUCUUUCACAAGGUCUGUUCUGGUAGCCUUCCAUUUCUGAGUAUGGAGACAGAGAGUCCAAACCUUCCAGAUAACUUCUUGUACCCUUGUCCAAAUUCAUAAUGAGUUAUCUUUGUUUUUAGGUCAGUGGAGAAUUGUUUAGAGGCCCCCCAUGUUGUCACUCUCACAGAAAGAACCUAGGACAAGUACAAUUGGCAAGCUACUUGUGUUAAAUAGGCUUUUUCAUGAUUGGUUCCAUGUCUUUGUAACUGACUGUCUGAUGAGCUAAUUGAAGCAAUUUUGUGCUGCAGCCUGUCUGUCAGCUGUAAAUCCCUACAAGUCUUGAAAUGAGCGUGAAUGAAAAGGUGCCCAAACUUUUGCACAUCCCAUUUUUUUAUACUGAAACUAGGUAAUGUUACUCAAAGAAUUUUGGUCUGGAAAACAGUCAAAUGUCUACAUCUCUGUAGGUAAACAAAUGUUGUUGCUGUGAUCUCUUAUAAAGUUAGAGCAAAUUAUCAUGAAAUCUCAGAGGGGUGCCCAAGCUUUUGCAUACCACUGUAUAGUUCCAGGGAAUUAUAUCACAAGUGGGGUGAGGUGUGCAGCACUGAACAUAACUGAUUGCAAUCUUAAAGUUCCAGGAACUACAAGUACCGAGAACUUUUCUGGAACCACAGGUGAAAAUGUGACUUAAGUUCAACGAACUAAAAUAUC